CGAUCAGGUCAAAUCGAGCCUCAACAAGUCGGUACUGCUGUCGGUGGACCCGGCCGGUACCGGGCCGGGGGACCUGGGAUCCCUGGGACUGGUGGCCGCUGGGACUGGCGGUGAACCCGGGCUGAGGGAGGAACAGCCGAAAGGGUCCGGUGCACGGAAGGAGCGUGAGCUGCUGCACCCGGCGAGUGAGAUGCUAUGCUCGAAGGUGCCGAAGUCGGUGGGCGAACUGACCGGCGGACGGCCGGACAAGAUUUACCUAGCGCGCGACCACGGUAGCGGUGGCGUUGGUGGCGAUGGUGCCGAGCACGGUGCGGACGGUACGAAGGUACUGCCGUCGACGCUCACCACCUCCUCGACCUUCGACUAUCUGUACGAGUUCUCCGAGACGCGCAAAGUGCUGGAGGAAUUUUUCAAGUGCCCUUCGACGGAGGAUGUGGAAAAGGUGCUGGAGAAGUUCAGCGACUUCAACGACAGCGGUGACGAAGGCGAGGAGGAGGAGGAGGAGGACGAGGACGAGGAGGAGGACGAGGAAGAAGAGGAGGAUAGACGCGAUCGGGAAGACGAUGACGACGACGAGGAAGAGGAGGAUGAUGAUGAACAGGAACUAGUGGACGAAGGAGAGACAGUAGAACAGAAAGGUGCGGGCGGUGGGCAGCGACGAGAAAGGAAGCGAGUAGUGGAGCGUAGACAGAAGCAGCAGCACGAGCAGCCGGACGAUGAUGAGGAGUCGUCGGCGGCUGCGGCGGCGGCGGCGGCAUUCGAGGCGUGCGUUCGAGGGUUAGACGUGCAGUACGACUAUCCGGUAGUGGAACCGCAGCGCUCGAAGCGCACCGGUGGUACGCUCGGUACCACCUACAUUGGGACAAUGAAUGGCGAUCGGUCGUUUGCGAAGAAGCAACCGCCGGCGGGUGGUAUGGCUGACCAUGGCAGUACCAAGCGUGACGUAGACGCAGACGCCGAUGCAGACGACGACGACGACGACGACGACGAUGAUGACGAUGGCGACGGCGAGGACGCGCGUAGAGUGGAAUACGUGGAACACUACGAGGAGGAAGAGGCAACCGAGGAGUCACUGAGGUUCAAGUACCUGAACCUGAAGCCGAAGGUGCCCGGAGCGCGCCCUCUGACGGCCGGCUCCUCCUCCUCCUACGGUGGACUGCGUAAGAAGAAGGGAUCGGACGGGGUGCAGAAAAAGAUGGGCGAUGGUGGUGGUCGCGGUGGUCACGCGAUCGAUUACGGUGGCGUAACUGGGGCCUCCGUCACGGUGACUAGCGGUUACCAUCAGCAGCAACCGGCUGGCCAGGAGCGAACCCACACGUCGCUCAUCGGUGACGGCACGCUGCACUACGGUACGUCGUACAUCAAUAGCGUUAGCCGCACCAGCAGCUACGAUGCGCUACCGGGCGAACACGGCACAGCGUUGCUGCUACUAGAGAACGGCAACGCCUGCAAGGACUCGUCGUUAUCGUCGUUCACCCACUACGGUGGAACCGUCGGACCGUCGCAGGCCAACGGACCGGCGGGCGAUGGUUUUGACAGCCGUAAGGGUACGUCGUACGCGUCCCGGAAGUACAGCAAGAACUUCAACUACUCGCCGGACACGACCGACUACGAUUCCAACUGUGGCGACUACGAGGGUGAACUGUCGCCACAGUACGGCAGCGAUUUCGGUCUGAUUGGUGCGGCCAGCGGUGCGACCAUGUGCGAGGACCUGAGCAGUGGCGUCAUCAGUGCUACGUCCGGUGGACCGGCGGCUGCCCCAGCAUCUGCCGAUCUGCUCGGUUGCGGCUUCACCACCGGUGGCGGGGCCGGUGCCGGUGCCGGUGCCGGUGCUGGUGGGAACUACGCGCGCUACUACGCCGCGAUGCCGGUACUGGAGGACGGGCUGUCCAGUGGGCACGUGUCCGACUCGGAGGCGAACACACUCGGGGCGAACGGUGCACCCCACUCCGGUACCGUACCGCCCGAUCUUGUCGCCAUCAGUAAACAGUCCACCGUCGGUGGUACCGUUUCGCCUGUAUCUCCCUACUGUCUGCUUGGACAGCAACAGCAGCAGCACCAGCAGCAACAGCAACAAUCACCUUCUGGUCCGAUGAAGCCGUCCCUAUCGUCGUCACCCGCUGUGUCGAAGGAAGUGCCACAGCAGCAGCAGCAGCAACAGCAGCAACAACUGCACAGUCACGUUGGUCCGAAUGUGGACGCAUUCUUUGGCUGUAACAACAACACGUUCCGAAUGAGUAGCCUGAAGCUGAACUCGGGUAUGCUGCACAGCACCACCAUCUUCAAGAACCGCGACCCAGAGCUGGAGUCACUCUACACCAUCAAUACCAUACAGUCGACCCCACCACCACCAGCUCCGGCACCGCACAGGAAAUCCUCGAUCGACUGUGACACCGGUCUGCCGAGCAGCGGCCAGCAACAACAACAACAACAACAACACCAAUCACAACAAAAACAGCAGCAGCAUCAACCCUCACAGCAGCAGCAGCAGCAGCAGCAG